AAGAGAGAGAGAGAGAGAGAGAGAGAGAGAGAGAGAGAGAGAGAGAGAGAGAGAUUACCAUUUCAUUCCAGCCAAUGAGACAAGCGAUACACUAAGAUUUUCAUAGUUGUGCAGGAGCUCAAAGUGAGCGGAGUGUGUGUGAACUUCCAGGUAAAGCUGCAGACCGACCUAAGCCUCAGAGGCCGCUGCUUCAGGCUUUGAUGACCACACUCUUUAAAGCAGGUGGACAGACGCAGGCAUGAGCGAGAGUGGGACCAAAGAGCCGUCUCCUCAGUCGAGCACAGCCCAGUCGCCUGAGGAGCCCCAGCGCAGGGGCAGGGGUCGACCUCGGAAACAGCAGCAGGAGCCCGUUGGACCACCGACCCCAAAGAGGCCCAGAGGACGACCAAAAGGCAGCAAGAGCAAAGGCCCCAGAACUGCACUGAAGAAAGUAGAGCCUGUUGGGCAGAGGAGACCACGAGGACGUCCGAGAAAAUGGCCCAGGAAGGUGGUUCCAGAAGUGACUGAAGAGCAGCAGGGCCCUUCGGAGGAGGCCGCGGAGGGCCCCUCGUCAUCUCAGGUGCCUGUGCAGGAGGAAUCGGAGUAGAUGGGAUACCUCUCUACCUACCUCAGUGUUUGGCCUCAAGCAAACAGGGGUACAAUCUGAAUCCCUAUCUGUGAUGGGAAAUCAGGAACACACACACCCACAUACACUCACAUGCU